CAGCGUAAAUGUGUCCGUGCCGCAUUAAUUCCGUCAUGCAACCUAUCUCUGACGUGAGUUCCGGGCGAUGGAUUCGGUUCUGCUGAGCGGUUUGGGGAUAGCGGGUAACAUGAGUGCCGACAAUUCGAGUCUGGAUCCCGGGGACGUGACCGUCCCUCUGCGGAAUCUGCGGAACUCAGUGCAGUGUGUUCGGGACCGGGUGAGAGAUGGAGAGUCCAAGGAGUGCAAUGAAGAUUUUAACUUGCAGCAGUUUUGGGACACUUUAGGCCAGGCAUUUAAAGCAGCCUCACAAGGAGCCACUAAACUGAGUCUUGUGUUUUCCAAACCACCCUUGCCUUCAGCACAAGAUUGUGAAAGGUUAGCUGACAGCAUUGAGAAGAAUGUCCUGACACUGGCUACAGUUUACUACUGGCUGCCUAAAAGUCAGGGGAUAACACUGCGGAGAAUAGCUCGGGAUGCCACCGUAGAGGUGCUGGAGGGAAUUUCACAGCUGAUUGAAGUGAUCCUGAACACCCCUCUGCAGAGUUUAUCCCAAGAACAGCUGACUUCUACAGGUGGCGUGUGGUCAUCGUGUGAUUAUAUUCACAGACUGCCUCAAGAUAACCAAGCUGCAGUUCUGUCUGUGAUGGCCUCCUAUUCUGCAGUUGUAAAAGAUGCAAUCGAAGAGAUGGAACAGGCUCAGGCUGACAGCCAGGACCCCUUCAGCGAUGUCCUGGAUGACGACGAUCUGGACUCUAGGGGAAACCAGGACACUUACUGGUCUGAGGAAGACAAGCAGCUGAUGGCUCCAUGCCAGGGCCUCAUGAAGGCAGGAAAAGCCUGCUUGAAGAAGCUCUCCGGAGCUGUGAAGGCUCACGGGAAAGUGGACUCGCCGGAGUGCAUUGCUCAGCUGGACGAUCUAGCAGACAUCACCAAGGAAAUCAGUCCCAAUGUGGAUGACCUUGCACUGAGCCUGUAUCCACCAAUGAACUAUGCAGGAGUCCGACUAAAUGCUGCCAGACUUGCAUCUGUUGUAAAGAAAGUCCUGGAAAUAACAAAGUCAAGCCAUGUGUGUCCAGAGGCUGAGCUUGCCUGGGUGCAGUUUUUGGAUGGGGCAGUUCAACACAAUAUGCAGAAAGUGAAGAACUUAACCCAGAACUCUAUUUAGACAAAUUAUAUGUGGAACUACUCUAAAAAAAUGAGAGAGAGGAGACUUUGUUUAAAAAAAAAAAAAAAAAUCAAGUCAAGAUGGGAAAUAGACUUCGCCACCACUACCAAACCGCUCAACCAGUUUAUUAAGAUAAGUAAGAUAAUAUGUAUAUAUAUAUAUUAUACAGCAUACUUUGCCUUUUUGAUAUAAUGUUAACAAAAGUGUUCUUGCUGUGUACCGGCAGGUGUUUGUGCCGUUCGGAUUCAUAAUCUACUGUUGGAUAAUAGAAAAUAAAACACAAAAAAACCCAA